AUGAGAAAAUAUAUUGCAGACCUGCCAACGCUGACAGCCCCAAAGCCAAAAGAAAUACUCUAUGUGUAUUUGACCGCCUCACUUGAAUGCGUUAGCGCUGUGCUUGUGGCAGAAAGGGAAAAACAACUGAUACCCAUUUACUUCGUGAGCAGAGUCCUGCAAGGCGCAGAAGCCAACUAUCCCGAGUUAGAAAAGCUGACCUUGGCCCUUGUCCACUCGGCAUGUAGGUUGCGAAGGUACUUUCAAGCGCAUCCCAUCGUUGUAUUAUCUGAUAAGCCGAUAAAGCAGAUAUUGCUUAAGCCAAAAAAGUCGGGACGGGUGGCCAAGUGGGCCAUCGAAUUGGGGGAGCACGACAUCGAGUUCAGGGCCAGGAAUGCAAUUAAGGGGCAAGUAUUGGCCGAUUUCAUCAGUGAAGUCCACGAAGGCGAAAACUCGAUGACACACUCUGUGUCACUCGAGGUAUUGGGGAACGUCGAAAAUGAUGUAUGGAAGUUGUACACCGACGGAGCCGCAAGCUCCGAUGGUUGUGGAGCCGGUCUGAUGCUAAUCAGUCCCGAAAGCAAAGAAUUUACCUAUGCUCUGAGAUUUGAGUUUGAAGUAACAAAUAACGAAGCCGAGUACGAAGCAUUGCUAGCAGGGCUUCGGAUUUCCAGAGAUAUGAAGAUCCGCAACCUACAGGUAUAUGUCGAUUCCCAAUUGGUCGCAAAUCAAGUAAAAGGGGACUAUGAAGCCAAGCAGAAUACUACAAAACUAUACCUACAAAAGGUGCGGGAGCUGAUGGAAUGUUUCAGUCACUUCAAAAUAGAGCACAUUCGAAGGAACCAAAACAAAAAAGCAGACGCCCUGAGCAAGCUAGCUUCACUCACAUUCGGACACCUAGGGAAACAAGUAUUGGUAGAAGUCCUCAAGGAAAGAUCGAUCGAAGAAAAACAAGUCUCUGACCUUGUGGAGGAAGAAGGCAAAAAUUGGAUGACCCCCAUUUACGAGUAUCUAGUAAGCGGGAUACUCCCUGUGGACAAGGAUGAAGCCCGAAAGAUAAGAGUAAAAGCCCCGCAAUAUAUAAUCCAAGAUAAAAAGCUGUACAAGAAAGGCUUCGUCACGCCAUGA